CCUCUCCUCUUUAAGUUUUCACUAUUGAUAUCUCUGUUUCGUCUCUGAUUUCAUGGGGGGUUCUGGGAAAUGGAUGAAGGUUCUUAUAGGACAGAGGAAGUCUGAUAAGGAAGACAAUGUGAGCAAAACUAAGAAAUGGAGGCUAUGGAGGAGCCCUUCAGGGGAUUUGAGCUCUGCUUGGAAGGCUUAUAAAGGGGCACAUAAAACAGCUUCUGAAGGCUCUCAUUCUCCUCGAGCCCCUGAUUCUUUCACCGUCGCUGUCGCCACUGUCCUCCGUGCUCCGCCCAAAGAUUUCAGGCUGGUUCGCCAAGAAUGGGCUGCAAUUCGUAUCCAAACUGCAUUUCGCGGUUUCUUGUCUAGGAGGGCUCUUAGGGCGUUGAAGGGAGUGGUGAGGCUUCAAGCUCUGGUGAGGGGUCGUUUGGUGAGGAAGCAGGCAGCUGUUACCCUGAGGUGCAUGCAGGCUUUGGUUCGAGUUCAAGCUCGAGUCAGGGCUCGUCGUGUGAGGAUGUCAGUAGAGGGACAGGCUGUGCAGCAAUUGCUUGAUGUACAUCGCAGCAGGGCUGAUCUCUUGAAGCAAGCUGAGGAGGGUUGGUGUGAGAGCAAAGGGACAUUGGAAGAUAUCAAAGCUAAGUUACAAAUGAGGCAAGAUGGAGCAUUUAAGAGGGAGAGAGCCAUUGCAUACUCUCUUGUUCAAAAGCAAUUGAAGGCAACACCAAGCUCAACCUUGCGAAUGGAUGCUUCGGUUUACGCUCUUAAGAAUUAUAAGUUCGACAAGAACAAUUGGGGAUGGAGUUGGUUGGAGAGAUGGAUGGUGGCGAAGCCAUGGGAGACUAGGUUGAUGGAACAAUCACGCACUGAUUCGAUUGAAGUCACUCCACCUUCAAAGAGCUGUACAGAGUCUGUUGUGUCUAAACAUUCCAAAGGUUCUGAACCAAGUUUGGUGAAAGUUCGGAAGAACAAUGUAUCAACUAGGAUAUCUGCUAAACCUCCCUCAAGUGGGCAAGCUCGUUCUUGUUCUAGCCCAAGUUCUGAUUUCUGGUAUGAUGAGAGCUCUGCUUCAUCUUCAAUCUGCACAUCGACGACUCCCGUUUCAGGGCAUGCUUUCUCAACCAUAGAAAGAACAGAUAACAGCAGUAACAGUAGGCCGAGUUACAUGAACCUUACCGAGUCGACAAGGGCGAAGCAGAAGACAAAUAGUCACUUAUCGCACCGAAUUCAAAGGCAGUCCAUGGAUGAAUUUCAAUUCCUUAAGAAGUCGGCAGCUUUCUCCAAUGGGGAUUCUAAGAGCAGUGCUGGCUCUGAUUCAUCAGUCAACCCCUUCAAGCCAUUGAUGCUGCCAACCCAAUUGGGUAAGAAUGGAACAAAGCUAAGGUCAUGAGCAAUAAGAUAGAGGCCCUGUUUCUGGUCAUUCUAGAAGAAGAGUUCUGCACUGCCUUAUAUCUUAAUUCCUUCCAUCAAAAUUGUGUAUCACUAGAGAGAGUUUGUAUUGUUUCGAAGGCCACGUUGAACUAAAACAACCUGCAAUGUCCAAUGGAGAAUGGUUCGUUCCUCUUGUUGGUCUUUA